AUGCGUCAGGAAUAUGAAGCGACGCCACCACGACGCCAGGAAGAGGAGACAACGCCACCACGACGCCAGGAAGAGGAGACAACACCACCACGACGCCAGGAAGAGGAGACAACACCACCACGACGCCAGGAAGAGACGCCAACACCACCACGACGCCAGGAAGAGGCGCCAACACCACCACGACGCCAGGAAGAGACGCCAACACCACCACGACGCCAGGAAGAGGCGCCAACACCACCACGACGCCAGGAAGAGGAGACAACGCCACCACGACGCCAGGAAGAGGAGACAACGCCACCACGACGCCAGGAAGAGGAGACAACGCCACCACGACGCCAGGAAGAGGAGACAACGCCACCACGACGCCAGGAAGAGGAGACAACGCCACCACGACGCCAGGAAGAGGAGACAACGCCACCACGACGCCAGGAAGAGGAGACAACGCCACCACGACGCCAGGAAGAGGAGACAACGCCACCACGACGCCAGGAAGAGGAGACAACGCCACCACGACGCCAGGAAGAGGAGACAACACCACCACGACGCCAGGAAGAGGAGACAACGCCACCACGACGCCAGGAAGAGGAGACAACGCCACCACGACGCCAGGAAGAGGAGACAACGCCACCACGACGCCAGGAAGAGGCGCCAACGCCACCACGACGCCAGGAAGAGGCGCCAACCCCACCACGACGCCAGGAAGAGGCGCCAACACCACCACGACGCCAGGAAGAGACGCCAACACCACCACGACGCCAGGAAGAGACGCCAACACCACCACGACUUCAGGAAGUUGAAGCAACACAAACAUUCUACUUGACGUCUAACGUGUUGUCACCACCAAGACCGUAA